UUUGUUUACAAAAAGCGCGGUUUAUCAAUUAUCAGACUUCUUUUAUACUAAAAAUUAAACUUAAAUAUUUUUAGUGCAUAGAAAACAAAAAUAUGUCAGCCUACAAUAAAACGUUAAUACUGAUUGCGUCCAAGUUAGGUCUUAACGAAGAAGAAAAAGUUUUAAAAAAAGCAGCUGAGCUGGAGAGACUUCUGCAAACUAAGAGCGUGGCCGGCAGUAACUUGACAGACACGAGUAAAUUUGUAAUAUGCUUGGACCUGGCCGCUAGUGUAUUUGGAGCUGAAUUUGACAUGAAAACUGCUAUUAAGUAUUCCGGAUUAAAGCCAGCCACGUACACAAACAGUCGGAAGAUAUUGGAGAACCUUCUAGAACUGAACUCGGAUAGGCUCACGACGUCUACACUAUGUCUGACUGUGCAGUGUACGGGCGUCCAGGAGCUGGCCGAUAAGAUAUUAGAGGAAUACAGUAAACAGGCAAAAAUGGAAUUGGAUCUGAAUCUACCCCAGUAUGUGUGUAUGGCUGUGUUCCAAGCUUGCAGGAUCUCCAAAGUGAAAGUGGCAAAGACAAAAUUGAUGGAGAAGUCUCGACUUCGACCGGCCCAGUGGAGCAAGCUGGACGCAGACUGGACCAGGUUUGUGGACGAGAAGUUCGCAGUCGCGAAGAAGAGGGGACGUCCUCCCAAAACUACUCCUGUUGAAGAAAACGUACAAGAAUCUAUGGAAGUCGACGAGCCAAAGCGAGAAAUUGCCGAGCCCCAAAUGGAAUCAUACGAAGAGUGGAAGCGGCGUAUGUUAGAAAAAGCGUACAAAGAGUUAGCACUGCUAGAACAGACGAUAGCUGAUAAGGCGCCUUCUACGCCCAGGAGGUCUCCAAGGAAAACGCCACAGAAAUUCUCGCCGUACAAAAGUCCAAAGAAGAAUGGUGUUAGAUUAUUGUUUCCACUUAAUUUGUGAUAAGUGAUGACUUUUUUUUGACAAUUUCUGACAUUUCUUCUUGUAGUCUUGAAGAGUUUUAACAAUAGGGUUCCCUCUUAAUAUGGUAGGUAAAAAAAAAUUGGCAAUUUUUGUGUUGAAAAGUUUUAGAGAGUUUGUCUUGAAAGAAGAAUGGUUUUAGAUUAUUGUUUCCACUAUGAUAAGUGACGGUUUUUUGAGAUUUCUGCUUAUACUCUUGAAGAGUUCUAAGAAGAAUUGUGGUACUACAUAAUUUAGUUCAAAAAAAUUGAAAAAAAUUGACAAUUUUUAAUAGUCUUGAAGAGUCCUAAAAAGAGUGGUGUUAGAUUUUUGUGUUUACUUAAUUUGUGAAAAGUGAUGUCUUUCCCCGCGGUUUUUGACAUUUUUGUUACUUAUAUCCUAGAGAAUCCUAAUUCCUAUUAAUUUGGGAUAAAAAAAGUUUGACAUUUCUUCUUAGAGUCUUGAAGAGUCCUAAGAAGACUGAUGUUAGGUUUUGUUUCCACUUAAAUUGUGACAUCUAAGUGACUUUUCGACAGUUUUGGAAAUGUUUGAUACUUAUAGUUAUAGUUAAGAUAGUCCUAAUUCUAUCUUAAGUCCUAUUAAUUUGUGAUAAAAAAGUUUUUGACAUUUCUUUUUGGAGUCUUGAAGAGUGCUAAGAAGAAUGCUCUUAGAUUAUUGGCACUAAGUUUGUGUUUUAAUGGGAAUUCUUUUUUGUUUCUGAAAUUUCUUCCUGGAGCCUUCGAUAUUUCUAAGAAGAAUCACUUGCAUUAGAAUAUUGUUACCUCAUAAUAUGUGAAUUGUGACGUUUAAUUUAUUUUUGUAAACUUACCUUAAGGCGAUAGGCUGACAACCUUUCACUUUUUCUGAAUAUUAAUUCCAACACUUAGCAAACCAACUAACGUUAUUUAUCUUUCCAUUAUGUCUACCCCGUAACGGGCAAAGACAUAUUUAUGUGCGGGAAUUAAUUAUUUUUCGAGGCAAUGAUUUUAUACUUUUCGUGAAAGACCUUGUAUGUUUUACUAAUUAAUUUAUGUAGCUUUUUAAGUUAUUUGACAUUAUUGUUCAAGAUGUGUUAUAUA